AUGCUAGGGGUACACCAAAAGUGUACCCCAUAUGUCCUCCACCCCUCCUUGUCCACUAAAAAAGGCAAAAAAAAUUAAAAAAAAUAAAUAAAUAAAAAUCAAAUAAAAAUGUUGAUGGAGAAGACAAAAAACUGCUGCCGGGUACCCCAUAUUUUGUUGUAAGAACUGCCAGGUGGGAGUUAAAAGAAACUCCUAACUCUUCUCACUUUGUUAGCUGAACAGGAAGAUGAUGGUACUGUGUGUGCAAGGCCAAGGACCCGUUUGGAUGAACAGAACAACAACCACGGCCCUAUCUCCUUCUCCCAUCUUCCGCCGUUUCCCAACGCGGCCCUGGAAAGAGGGCAAUCGAUUCAAUUCCGGGAACAAGAAGGCGAGGAGCGUCGUUUUAUCUAAAGCGUUCCUGUUCCCGGUGGAUCCAUGGGCUCCCACCGUCGAUUCUCAGAGCAUAGCUUCCCAGCUCUUCGCCGUCUCCCUCUUCCCUUACAUGGGUUUCUUGUAUUUCAUCACCAGAUCCAAAACUGCCCCUAAACUCACCCUCUUCGGCUUCUAUUUCUUGCUUGCCUUUGUCGGCGCCACCAGUGCAAUACUGAUACGGGGUAUUUCGUUGUGUUUCUUUAAAUGCUUCAACUAUGCCAUGCAGUCCCAGCAGGCAUUUAUGCAAAGGUGGAGUAUGGGACUUCACUUUCCAAUGUGGACUGGUUGCAUGGAGGAGCUGAGUCGCUGCUUACCCUAACAAACAUAUUCAUAGUGUUGGGACUGAGGGCCGCUCUUAGGAAGACUAUAGACGGGAAAGAGAGUAAAUCCUUUGGUGUUACUGAGUUGAAUGAAGAUAGCCAUAAUACAUGACAAGAUCUCUAGGGCAUCUACCACGAACAAUACAUCCAACACGACCAAUAAAUCUUGGUCCUUAUUAUCUUCAUCCUUCAGAUCAUCCAGUCUGAUUUCAAGAAAAUUAUCAGGCAAAGGUUUUAGCUCAUGGCAGAAGUCCAUGACGAU